AUGCAGUUUGCUCUUGGUCGUUCUGCUUCUAAAAAAAUCCAUCAUUCCAUCUUUAAAGCCUUCAAGGUUGAACUGAAGGGAGGUUUUCCAGACCAGUUCACACAUGAGCUGGAACCAUUUCUAAGGAAGCAAGUCAAAUGGAUCCCAGCCAAUAAUCCGUUUGCAACCACAGUUAACGAUAUUGAUCAAGACUUUGCUCAGAAAAAUGUAUAUCAAAAGGACGGUGUUCCUUUCUGGCUUCGAGCUGAGCAUGAAGCUAUACAGAGAAAGCUUGAUGCCUUACAAAAUGAGAAGUUGAACAAUCUGGAGCAUUAA